AUGUAUGUUGUCCCACAGCUCCAUGCCCACCUGAGUGGCAGUAUCAGCCGCCAAUGUCUCCAUGAGAUCUGGCUCAAGAAGAAGGCCCAAGACCCCGACUUCAGCAUUGAAGAUCCAUGGAUAACCAUGCCGCCUGGGAAGGUAGAUUAUUCUCUGCAAACAUUCUUCCAAUCCUUCAACAAAUCAAUCUACAAUCUAGUCAAUGAUCUUGCUAGCCUCACCUACGCCACCCAUUCCGUGCUAACCGACUUCCAAAACGACGGCGUAACUUACCUUGAACUCCGCACCAUUCCCCGUGCAUCCCCCUCCUCCUCCUUCACCCGGGAGGAAUACCUUACUACCGUUCUUGAUGCAAUCUCGGAUUUUCAGGCCAACCAAUCCCCCACCUCCCCGAAGAUGUCUGUAUAUCUGAUUCUAGCUUUGGAUAGGGGUCAUCACACUACUGCCGAGGCCCUGGAAAUUGUAGACUUGGCACUAGCCCACCGCGCCCGCGGCAUCGUGGGCAUCGAUGUCUGCGGCAACCCAACCAAGGGUGAUGUUUCAGUGCUGCGGGAGGCGUUUGCGAAAGCCAAAGCUAACGGACUAGGCGUGACUGUGCAUUUCGCUGAAAUGAGGGAGGCGGCAACGCCUGGAGAAUUGGGGACACUCUUGGAGUUUCAGCCGGAUCGGCUGGGCCAUGUGAUUCAUGUGCCUGAAGAGCUGAAACGGGAGAUUGCAAGGAGGCAGCUGGGACUUGAAAUGUGUAUGUCGUGUAAUGUGCACGCAAAAAUGUUUGAUGGUGGCUUUUUGGAUCAUCAUUUCGGGUAUUGGAGGCAUCAGAAUUGCCCGAUUGUGCUUUGCGUGAGUCUCUGCUACUAUCAUUUUUCCUCAUCGCCCUCAUUCUCUUACACGAACCGCCAACUGAUGCUGGUGCAGACCGACGAUGUAGGAUUUUUCUGCAGUCCCGUAUCGAAUGAGUAUCUGUUAGCUGCAGAGCACUUUCAGCUCACGCGAACCGAUGUGCUGGGCAUCUGCAGAAAAUCCUACGAUGCGAUCUUCGGAGGCGAAAAGGAGAAAGACCGUCUUCGACGUCUACUAUCUGACUUCGAGGCACAUUACAGAACAUAGCCGCUGAUCGAAGUUAUUCAUCUUCAUUCAUGUACACAAAGCUUCCUUGGAAAA